UCAUGCAUUGUUUUACUUAGUUUCACUAAACCUUUAUUUACACAUUUUAUACAUUCCAAUCUCCAUACCCUUCUUUAAAAACCACCACCCCAUCAUACAUUUUUCAACCAUCUUAUUCCCAAAACCAUCAAAACCCGAAAGCAACUCGAAAAAAAAAACUAAAACCCGAAAGCAAACAACUUAAAUCCGAGCUCGAAAUGGCUUGGUUUAACCUCUUCGCGUCCACAUUGUUGUCCGUAAUCAUGCUAUCUUCUUUAGCCGCUUUAUCUACGCAAAUAAAUGAGGAGUCGGGUGCUGACAUUAAUAGAUGGUGCCAGACGACUCCUCAUCCCAACCAAUGUAACUACUUCCUAGGUCGUGGCCAACAUCGUGCGUCGCGACACAGGUCAGAUUUUCGAAUGCUGGCCUUACAGGCCGCAAUCGAUAACGCCAACGAGGCACAAGGGUGUGCAAAAAACCUAGGGAAGACGUGUCGGACCAACGCAACAAGGGUGGUGUGGAACGACUGUUACCGCCUUCUCAAUAACACAGUCUUCCAACUAAACCAAACCGUUACCGGCCUGAGAACCAACCGGAGCUCCAACUUCGACGCCCAGACGUGGCUGAGCGCUGCUCUCACCAACCUCCAAACUUGUUUUACCGGUUGUAACGAAAUGAACUUAACCGAUUUCGCUACUCCUAUCAAAACAAGUAACUUAACCGAGAUGAUAAGCAAUAGUUUGGCUAUAAACUCCCAGUUCUUGAAGCAAAAACCGGAUACAAACCAAACAAAUGAUGAUUAUCCAACGUGGGUGACCCGUCGUGACCGGAGGUUAUUGGCGACGGUGUCGCUCCAGUCGCUAGCGAAUGUGACGGUGUCUCAAGCUCCGGAGAGUAGGUUUCCGACGAUUCAGUCAGCUCUUGAUUUUGCCGGAAGUAUUGACCGGCAGGAUAAGAGAUUUAUAAUCUAUAUAAAGUCGGGUGUAUAUAAUGAAAAUAUUGAUAUUGUGAAUGGACUGAAUAAUAUCAUGUUCGUGGGUGAUGGAAUCAGGUACACAAUUAUCACCGGCAACCGGAGUGCUGCCGGAGGUUUCACAACUUAUGGGUCUGCAACCGUUGGAGUGGAGGGCUCCGGGUUCAUAGCACGCGGCAUAACAUUCCGGAACACCGCCGGCCCACAAUCCGGCCAAGCCGUAGCACUCCGAUCAGCAUCCGAUCUGUCCGUCUUCUACGCCUGCAGCUUCGAAGGCUACCAAGACACACUUUUCGCCGUCUCUCAACGACAAUUCUAUAAACUAUGUUACAUUUCCGGCACCGUAGACUUCAUAUUCGGUAACGCGGCCGUAGUGUUCCAAAACUGCGUAAUAUUAGUCCGAAAACCAUUAACCGGACAAUCAAACACCAUAACGGCCCAAGGCCGUGGUGAUCCGUUCCAAAACAGCGGCAUUUCAAUCCACAACUGUCGUGUAAUACCCGCACCAGAUUUAAUUCCAGUGGUGGGUUCGGUUCAGACGUACUUAGGGCGGCCGUGGCAAGAAUAUUCUAGAACUGUUUUUAUUAAAACGUAUCUUGAUGGUUUUAUUAAUCCGAAAGGAUGGUUGCCAUGGGGGAAUACGGAUUUCGCAUUUACGACGUUGUAUUAUGGCGAAUAUGGUUGUUUUGGUGACGGAUCGGGGGUCGAAAACCGGGUGGAUUGGGCCGGAUAUCAUGGUAAUAUGAGUUUGGCUGAUGUGCAAGAUUUUACGGUGGCAGGGCUUAUAGCUGGGAGGAUGUGGUUGCCGGCUACCGGUGUGCCGUUUAUUUCUGGAUUGUGAUUUGUGAUGUGUUUUUUUUAUAUUAUUUAUUAUUUAUGUGUUAUUUGUGAAAAUGUGUACAUGAUUUGAUUCUAUUC